AUGAAAUUAUGGCGUUUCUCAGAAUACAAGUACGCUCUUCUUGUCUAUGGGAACCCAAACCUGAAAUGGAUUUCAUUAGGAGUAAGACCAGGGUCUGCCUUCAUCAAAGCCAAUAGGCAACUAGAACGCAAAAACGCUGUCAAAGGUGCCCUUGACGUAGGAACAGAUCAAGAUUGCACUGUGGAAAUAGCUCUGGUCGAUAAGAAGUGCAAAGCACUGGUUGGCGACGUCGAGUACCAGAUAACGGACAAGGCCAACCAGGAAAUGUGGUCGCGCAUCAACAAAGUGUACGGUACUAUCACCGUCAAUGAGGCUGAGAGUGAUUUAAGACUUCUGAAAAAUAUCACUGUUGAAGGAUGGUCAGCGCAGUUGGAGAAGAUUACACGCUAA